GGACUCGGCGACCAACCGAUGGCGGGGAAAGGGGCGGGGCGUGUCACGUGAUUGGCCGAAGCUUGAGGAACGUCGUCGGGGUCAUGGAGCAGAGGGCGGGGAGAGGGGAGGCGCGUGUCACGUGAUUGGCCGAAGCUUGAGGAACGUCGUCGGGGUCAUGGAGGCGGCGGCCGCCGCGGGGGAGAAGUUCCAUCCGAACGAGCACCAGCACAUCCGCUACAACCCGCUACGGAAUGACUGGGUCUUGGUCUCCGCCCACCGCAUGCGGCGCCCGUGGCAGGGGCAAGUGGAGAAGCCCCCCCAAGAGGACGUGCCGCGCUGUGACCUGGCCAAUUCGCUGUGCCCCGGGGCUAAGCGGGCCAACGGAGAGGUGAAUCCGGAAUAUGAAAGCACGUUUGUCUUUGACAAUGAUUUCCCUGCAUUGCAGCCAGAUGCCCCUAUGCCUGAUGCUGACGACCACCCUUUGUUCCGUGCGGCGUCGGCGCGAGGCGUGUGCAAAGUCAUGUGCUUCCACCCCUGGUCAGACCUCACUCUGCCCCUUAUGUCACACGCCGAGAUCCGAACUGUGAUUGACAAGUGGACGGAGAUUGCCGUGGAGUUGGGAGCCUCCUACCCUUGGGUCCAGCACAACAGCCUGAUUCUCCGGCUGCAAAGCUCUCUCCGAGGUCAGAACCCUGAUGAGGAGCAGGUGCUGUGUGGCUGGGCUGAGACCAUCCGUCACUGCUACUCUACCAUCCGUCACUGCUACAAAGCACACACGAGGGCAAGGGGGCGUUUGGUGCCACAGCCUCCCCUGAAUGGUGAUGCUCAUAUGCAAGGGGGCGGGGGCUUAAGAACAUAA